GCAAGUUAUUGGGCAUUGACGGUGUUGCGGGUCGUUUAAGACUGUGAGCUGCUUUAAUAACAUUGGAACUGGCCCGAGAUCAGCAGGAUUGCUGGGCGAUUUGCUGUCGGUCAUUGGAUGACGUCAAGUUGUGACUGCCUGUUUGCUGUAUCAGCCCUGUAGCAAUGACCUGUACAAUAGACAAGAUUCUGCAAGAUGCAAAGACUCUACUGGAGAGACUUAAGGAUCAUGACAAUGCUGCAGAAUCCCUUAUUGAUCAGUCCAGUGUCCUCCAUAAGCGUGUAAAAGCCAUGAAAGAGGUUGGAACAGCUAUGCCAGAAAAGUACCAAGAAGAACUGGCAGAAAUAAAGGAUGCAUCAAAACUGAGACCUCAUGUACUGUUGUGCCAAGAAAACACACAAAUCAGAGAUUUACAACUGGAAAACAAAGAACUAUGGCUGUCCUUGGAAGAGCAUCAAUAUGCGUUGGAGCUAAUCAUGAGCAAGUACAGAAAGCAGAUGCUGCAGCUGAUUGCAAAUAAAAUACCAGCUCCUACCGAACCAGUAUUAGAAGCCCAUAAGACCUUUUCUUCUGAUCUAGAGUGUCAGAUAGAUAGAAUAUGUGUAAUAGGGGAUGCAAUGAGAAAAGCAAUUCAGCUGGAUGAAGACCAAGCAUAUAAUAUACAAGAAAGACUAGCCCAGCUAGAGCUAGAAAACAAGGAACUUCGGGAAAUCCUAUCCGUGCGUAAUGAAUCCCUACGUUCAAGCAAAAAGGAAUCCGAAUGGAACUUUUCAGAGAAAUGAUGGCCUAGUAUUAUUGAAAGAAGGCAAGCUUUUUCCAGGAAGAAAAAAACUCAUUAUGCUCAGCACCACAUCAUUCGAAAAUGAAUGUUUUCUGUCUGGAAGCAAAGCAGCACCUUUGUAAGGCACAACGGCAUUCAUCACAGAAACUGUACUGUACUAGGUCUUUCACCCUGCAAAGCACAGUAAAACUGAUGAACUGGAACACACUGUUUUACUGAUGUUCCUGGCAGUAAAUGAUAAAUCUGAAUGUUAUUUAAAUAUAUAUUAAAUAUAGCUAUAUUUAAUUUUUAAAAGUAAUACUAUAGUAUUUGAAUACACAUUUUUGAUUCAGUAGUUAAACAUUUCUCUUUGUAGGAUGACUGAAUUCCAAAAAUACUUGUUUGUUUUCUCCAGUUUCUUGCUGUGAAAUUGAGAUUAUUAAUGUGACGUAAGGUGAGAAAUUCAACGGAUGUAUAUCUAUAAUAUAUAAUCUAAAGGCUGUGCAAUUCAUGGUGAUUUAUGGUUACUAAAAAUUAAAAAUGCCUAAUGGACUAUAGCCCAUCAGCCUAUUUCACAUAAGGUAUCAGAUACAUACUUCUUAAUGGGAAUUUGGAAUUGAAGUGAACAUAGCAUAUUGCAUGUGACAUCCUCCAGAGCAUGUAUUUAUCCAGAGUCUCCCCUGUGUGUUUCUCCAUGUACGAUUAUUAUGAAAAACUGGUCUGUGCUUUUCUGGUUUCACACAGGCUGAUUCCACUGUGAUCCACUUGUUUGACCAGAAUGCUGAAUCGCUGAACCAUGUAAAAUGUGGAUAUAAACAUGAGUGACUUGAAUAUG